GCUGAAUAUGUUUUCUCAAUCUUAUGUCGCUGUCAUCUUCCUUUCUGAUGCCUGUGUGGAGCACGCGCACGCUGUAGCAGCUUCUAUAUCUUUGUCCAAAAGUGCAACUCCAACUACCCAAAAUCCUACACCAACUGUCACAGAUGAAGGAUUCUGGUUUCCGCUGGUCGGACUCUCAGAUGACAUCUCGAAACCGUGGGGCGCAAACAUAUCCACUCUCCAUGCUGGCUCAUACAACCUCAACUUUACUCCCUACGCGAUAACGGUCAAUGACGGCGAUUCUGUCUCGCCCGCAGCGGCCUCGACAACGGAUUCUCCAGUCAAUUUUGAAAUGCAGCAUUCGGAUGGCGGAUCAUCCAAUGCUGAUCAGAUCCUUAUCGUCGCUCCAACAGGCGACCAUACGCUUUCUCUUGGCCUGAACUCUUCUCUUGGUGUUACUUCGCCAGGGAAAGACGACCUGGCCAGCUCGACGGUGCCUUUUGGUUUAAAUCUUGGACGGAAUGGCACCUGGAAUGGAUCUAUCACUCUAAACGGCUACUACGAUGCCGCGCGGAUCAACUCAACCUCCUGGAUCUCCGUUGGCCCAUACCCACGCAUCAACGGCAACACCACCGUACUUGAGUCCGGAAAGCAGACCGUAGAGAUCUUCCUCCGCGGCAGAAACCCCAGCAUCAGUUCCCGUGCACGCAACGCCACCUUCGACUUCAACAAUGACGCCAUUAUCCUCCCCAACGGCUUCGACUGCGGCGACAAUAUAGCCAUCAACAUCAUCUCGGACACGAGCGAUACGCUGGUCAACUACGACCUUGCGGUGCCCGGCUAUUUGAUGGAUGCCGAGGGCCGCUGUCGAGCUCACAAACACAGCGACGAUGAUCUUGCCGACAUCACGCUGGGCCGGCCAUUUUUCCAGGCUACUUAUGCGUACGUCAAUGAGACUGGAGCGUUAUUCCUCGCACAGGCAAACAAUUACGACCUGCCGAUCGAUGCGAAAAGGUUCCACGCCUCGGAGACUUUGACGCCUCCUGCGGGCCCUCCUCCAGCGAAACAUUCUUCGGCGUCGGGAUCCUAUCCACUGAUGGAAACGUCAACGCUUUUAGUUAUUUUGCUUGUAUCAUUAGCUUCCAACCUGUAACCCUAUCAUAUAACUUAAACCGGCGCCAACGGUCAGCUAAGUUUAGGCGUGUGCCCUGUUGCUGGCUGGAUGGAAUGGAGUUCUAGCGAUGGCGCUCGAAACGUUCAUUCACGUUUUCUUAUGGCGUUGUAGAAUCCUUGUCAUGUAUUUAUGCUUCGGGAUGAAAUUACUUAUUUCUGGGAUCUUAAUGCUACGCUACUGCAGGAAGAGCAUCUUGUCUUGUC